CUUCUCCAUGCACAUGUUCAUGCACAUGAAUUCGUAGGGAGUUCGCGCGUUUAUAUGCUCAUGGGGCCAUCACGGUACUUCAUAACGACACCGAUAUUUUACGUCAAUUCAGGACCUCAUCUUGGUCACCAUCACACAGUCGUCUUGGCAGACGCCCUUCACAGGCUUCACAGAUUGCUGAAUCCUAAACAAGAAACGAUAUUCUCGACUGGCACGGAUGAACAUGGUCUAAAGAUCCAGCAGGCGGCGUCGAGAGCAAAGCAAGACGAACGGACGUUUUGCAGUGAAGUUUCGAAGCAAUUCAAGGAUCUGUUCGACAACACGGGCAUCACUUACACGGACUACGUUCGCACAACGGAGGAUCGACACAAGAAAUGUGUCGAGCACUUUUGGAAAACGCUGCAGGAUAAAGGGUGGAUAUACACGGGGAUAUACAAAGGAUGGUAUUCAACACAAGAUGAACUCUUUCUUUCUGAAUCGGAGGUGACAGAAGUGAAACAUGCCAAUGGCACUUCACAGAAGGUCAGCGUUGAAUCUGGGCACCCAGUGGAAUGGAUGGAGGAGAAGAACUAUUUGUUUCGGUUAUCCCAGUUCCAAGGAGACUUGCUGCACUGGUUGAAGUCUUCAGAAGGCGUAGUAAAACCUGCAAAGUUUCAGAAGCUUCUCAUGCACUGGAUCGAUGCUGGCCUUCAUGACCUUUCCGUAUCCAGACAGAGCACACGAGUUCAUUGGGGCAUCCGUGUGCCUGAGGACAGUUCACAAACAAUAUAUGUGUGGCUGGACGCACUAGUCAACUACCUCACAGUUAGUGGUUACCCGGACAAAAACCACGUGUGGCCCCCUGACUGCCAUGUUAUAGGAAAAGACAUUCUCAAGUUUCAUGGCAUCUACUGGCCAGCGUUUUUGAUGGCAGCUGGGCUGGAGCCUCCUCGCAGCAUCUUGUGUCAUUCACACUGGACCGUGAAUGACGAGAAGAUGUCAAAAAGCAAAGGCAACAUUGUCUGUCCUUACAAGAAAGUCAACAAGUACACGGCCGAUGGAAUACGCUACUUCUUGCUUAAGGAGGGUGUACCACAUUCUGAUGGCAAUUUUAACAACACAAAGGUUCAGCGCCUGCUGAAUGCUGAGCUGGCCGACACUUUGGGGAACCUCCUGAGCAGAUGUACAGCACCACUCGUGAACAAACAUCAGAUCUUCCCAUCGUAUGAUGCGGUGUUCUUUGAAAGCUAUGCUGAUGGACAGAAAAUCCUCGAUCAGCUUCACGACCUUGCAGACAAAGUGAAGGACAAGUAUCUGGAAGGGAACAUAUACCAGGGCAUCGACGAGGUGAUGGCUGUGCUACGACAGACCAACGCACUCGUCCAGGACGCCAAGCCCUGGGAGCUGGCUAAAAGCGAUUCUGGCGAGGUGCGGCUGAAUGCAGUUCUACACGUUGCGCUCGAGGUGCUUCGUGUGUCGGGCAUCGUGCUGCAGCCCGUCAUCCCCGUGUUGGCAACAAGGAUCCUUGACAAGUUGCAGGUGCCCACUGGAGAGCGAUGUUGGGCGGAUGCCCAGUCACCAUCUCUCAACCCUCGGCCACUGCACACUGACCGCACUCACGUAUUCUCGAGACUCAAGGUCCAGUCAGCAGCAACGUAGCGUAAUCAUCCCUAGGUUCUUUUCUUCGGGCCUUCUAAGGUCUGACACAGUCCUUUCGCUAAUGUACAUUACUAACAGACAAAGAAAUAAAAACUUCACCUGUUUUCAUUUUAC